CGUGCCCCGGGAGGCUGGCAUGCAGGAUGGCCGGACAGCCCAGCCACAUGGCCCACGGAGGAAGCCCGAACAGCCUCUGCCACAGCCCAGGGCCUGCACACCCCCCGGACCCACAGAGGCACCCAAACACCCUGUCUUUUCGCUGCUCACUGGCCGACUUCCAGAUCGAGAAGAAGAUAGGCCGAGGACAGUUCAGCGAGGUGUACAAGGCCACCUGCCUGCUGGACAGGAAGACAGUGGCUCUGAAGAAGGUGCAGGUGAGCCAGCGCCCCCGUGGGGUCAGAGCCUUCUGUGUCUAAACAUUGUGGCCCUGGGCCAGUUCCUGCCCCUUCCUCCUCCUCCCCUUCC